UUUCAAUUCUUCCCAAAAAGCAGCCAUUAAAAGACCACCUCCUCACUCAAUUUCGCCCCCAACAGGAAGGAACAAUCCAAUCCAAUCUCCACACCAAUCCCUACGAUAAGCUACCUUCUAUGGAGAAUUACCCCUACAAUUCAUCCUACCCGGAGUCCGGUGGAUCCUCGCCGCGAUCCAGGGAGAUCGAUUUUGAUAAUCCACCGCCGUGGGAUGAGUCGCAGAGCAAUCAGCCGCCGGGGAAUUACAAGGUCAAGUUUCUGUGCAGCUACGGAGGGAAGAUUCACCCCCGUCCUCACGAUAACCAGCUCUCCUACAUCGGAGGCGAGACCAAAAUACUCGCCGUCGAUCGGAACACCAAGUUUGGACCGCUGCUCUCCAAGCUGAUUGCUCUCUGCGAGAGCGAUAACAUCUCCUUUAAAUACCAGUUGCCUGGAGAAGAUCUGGACGCUUUGAUUUCGGUCACCAACGACGACGAUUUGGAGCACAUGAUGCACGAGUACGAGCGCUUGUACCGGAUUUCUCCGAGGCCGGCGAGGUUGAGGAUUUUCAUCUUUCCAAACCAGAGCCAGAGUCAAAGCCAGAGCCUGAAUUCUUCUGUUCGGAGCUUUGGUUCCGACGAGGUGAAGUCGGAGAAGGAGAGGUUUGUUGAGGCUUUGAAUACUGCGCCGAUUAUCACUGCGCCGCCGCAGACGGCGCCUGUUGCUGCAGCUCCACCCCCGCAGGUACCUGCGAGUAACACUGAUUUGUUGUUUGGAAUGGAGAGAGCGAACGCAAUUGCAGCGCAGGCUUCAGCGCCGCCGCCUAUGAUGGGGAAGGUUCCAGAAAUGGAGCCUCCGGUCGCCGUUCCUGGUCUCGACGACCGCUAUGUUGGCCUGGAUCCGAUCCAGAAGCAUAUUCAGGAUCUGCAGAGGCUGAGAGUCGAGGAGCAACAUGGAAUUUACCGAAGGAAGAGCGAGGAUAGCAUGACCGGAGGAUUGACCGGCGGCGAAUAUUACAAAAUACCGGAGAAAGCUCCUCCGGUGUCGGUUCCGGCCGGAGGCGUUCCUUAUUGGACCGAUAAACCAGUCCCCGGAGGAGCUUUCCCGGCGAGCACCGCUAACAACGAGCAGCCGGUGUACAUGAUUCAAACUCCAGCGGGUGCGUACCACGCGCCGAUGGUGAGAUCGAUGCCCGGGGGACCGAACCAGGGGUACUACACGGUUCAGAGGCUACCGCCGGAGGCAGCUUACCGCGAGCAUCAGCAGAUCUACGGAGCGAUUCCUCAUGGCGCUGUGCCGUCCAUGGCAGCGCCGCCGCCGUCUCUUCAGCCUCAAAAACCCGCUGGAUAUUCCGACGGGUACGGAAUGGUCCGGCCGGCGACCACCGCCGGGAUGGGGAUUGUUACAGAAGGCGGAUACGCACAGAUGGCGUACGAUAGUGGAUCCGGGAGACAGGUGAUCUACGCUGCGCCACCUGGCGCAGUUGGUGCGCCGCCCCAGCAGUAUCAGGCUAUGGGUGGUGCAUUGCACCCGGACCAGGCAGGCGUUAAGGGUGUCCCAAAGGUUACGCAAACUUCCGUUUGAUUGUGUGUUAAAUUUAAUACUACAAUAAUAAUAAUAUAUAUAUAUAUAGUUUAUUUCCAAAUAAUCUGAGUGGAUUAAAAAUGCCUUUACUAUUAAAAAAAGACCUUCUAUUUUGUAAAUUAAAUUUACGAGUUGAUUGAAUUCAAAUUUUCGUAUCAUCAUAAAUUUAUUAAUAAAAAAUCCAAAAUUAAAAAAGAAAUAAAAUAAUAGAAUGAAUAUUAUGUAAUGUAUCUACGAGACAGGUGUAGUUUAGAAGUCAGCAUCAAUGGUCACUCCACUUGCCUUA